AUCUGUUAAAGCCGUUAAUGAGUCUAUGGUUAGAUUUGCUGUAAUACCCAAUUUAUUUUUUCUCCUUUUUUGAUUAAUGUAGAAUAAAAUAUAGCGUGAAUCGUUUUGGUCAAUUUCGCAACGACGGGUUCAUUUGUAUUGUAUUCCCAACGACGGAGACUGUUUUUCUUCUCUCUUUUUUUUAACCGAGCAUAGCGUUAGCGCUAGCGAAGCAAAAUAAGCUAAUUUUCAUUACAUUUUUCAGACGUUUAACGCUAAAACAUAAAAGGCAGGCGUUGAUGAACCAUAAUGUCUGGCAUUGCUCUUAGCAGACUGUCACAGGAGCGCAAAGCUUGGAGGAAAGAUCACCCAUUUGGUUUUGUUGCUGUACCAACCAAAAACCCGGAUGGGACCAUGAAUCUGAUGAACUGGGAAUGUGCCAUUCCAGGGAAGAAAGGAACCUUAUGGGAGGGAGGGCUUUACAAACUCAGAAUGCUCUUCAAAGAUGAUUACCCCUCCUCACCUCCUAAAUGCAAGUUCGAGCCACCAAUAUUCCACCCAAAUGUCUACCCGUCAGGCACAGUGUGUCUGUCCAUACUGGAGGAGGACAAGGACUGGAGACCAGCCAUCACCAUCAAACAGAUCCUGCUGGGCAUCCAGGAGCUGCUGAAUGAGCCGAACAUUCAGGACCCUGCACAGGCCGAGGCUUACACAAUUUACUGUCAGAACAGGAUGGACUAUGAGAAACGAGUCAGAGCACAGGCCAAGAAGUUUGCUCCCACAUAGAUGAGAGAGCAGACUUGGACUGGACUGAUCUGAUCAUUUAGAACCUAAAGGACCACUCCAACAAGAAGCCCCACCUGAGUAUUAUUCUACUGUUGAACAAACUACACGUUUUCUUCCCUUCCCUCUGUCUCAGUCACAAUUAUUCACCCGCCGCACCAUUAUAUAUUUUUGCAUCUUCAGCCGAUGAGUUCUUUAGAGGUCACUCCAACCCCUGGUUAAUUCCACAUCUCCGUCAUUGUCAUGAGCGGAACACUCUCUCGCCCUCAUUAAUCCUGUAGGAAACAUAGAGUCAGCCGCAGCAGAGAAGUGUUUGUACAUUUGUAUUUUUAUCGAGUCAGAUGCUACAUUAGCUGUAGAUAACAUUUCAUGAACGUAAAGAAUAAAAAGAGACAAAAUAGUCAAAGGUUUGAUGGGGGUCGGUCGAUUCUUUGUGCCAUCGGUGUCUUUUAUUCAUUCCUGCCGCAUCAGAGAACACCGUGGACACGUGUGACAAUCCUCUCAUGCAUGUCGGUUUCAAGCUAAAGUGCAGAAUUAGUGUUGACAGGAAGUGGGACUUUGUCCACCUCAGAGAAGUUAGAGUGAGAGCAAUGACUUCAGCGCUCUGCUUCCAUUUCUGAACUUUUUAUGACGGUGAAACUAAAGUGAUGUAAGUGUUAAGAUUCUGUGAAUCAGACUCGGGGUAGAACUGUUUGUCAGCACCAGUUUAUCAUCAGCUUCUGAGCAGACUAGAUCACAGUAGCAGAUUGAUCAACUACGACUCUGUGUAUUUCGCUCUUUUCAUAGACGUUUUAUUCCACCAUACUCGCAAAGAUUGUGUAAAUCUCUGUAAAUCUACACGUGCAGACCAAGGCAGAAGAAAGUGCACUUGAGAGAAAGCAAAAGUCUGAGAUGUUGUUGUUUUUGCCUCUAAAUGUACGAGUGCAUGUACAUACUAUAAAUAUUGGAGAAUUGUGAAAGUUACGUUUUAUAUUGUUUUAGCCAGUUGACAUUUUGUGUGUGUUAUUGUAAGAGAGAACACAAAAAUGGCAUAUGAUUGUGACAAUGUUGAAUAAAAAUAACUGUAAAAA